AUGGUCAUAGAUUUCACGGAAGAAAAGUUGGGAAAGGCGGAAAAAACCGAAUUGGACGCCAGUUUCGAGAACUUGUUGCAACGCGCUGAUCAGACAGAACAAUAUACGAAGCAAAUCUUAAGUGCCCUUGAGAAUUAUCUUCAACCGAAUCCAAGUAGGCAACUUUAUUUAAGCGAUCUGUUUUUUUCCCCAGCACUUCGCGUCGAAGAGUAUUUUUACGACAAACUUGAAAUGAAGAAGGAGCAACGACUAAAUAACCUGGAAACUCUCGGUGUGGCAAUGAUCCAGGCCGGCAACGAGUUCGGACCCGGCACAGCGUACGGCAGCAUUUUGCUUAAAAUUGGCAACACGCAGCAAAAGUUGGGCCUUGCUGAGAAAGAGUUCAUAGGCGCAGCAGCCACCAACGUCUUAACUCCGCUGAAGCGCUUUCUGGAAGGCGACAUAAAAACGAUCGCUGUAAUUUUGCUAGUUCGUUUUUCCUUUCGUAUUGUAAAACGGCGCUGCUAG